AAAACAGCACGGCUAACGUUGGAAGGUACGCGGCACUUGCCAGGUACAUGGUUUAGUCCGCGUCUUCGUUUGGUGGAGAGCAAUAUAACGGGCUGUUUGUCUGGAUUACAGUUGGAUGUUUUUUGCUUUGGUAUCAACUUUCUAAACGACAAAACGGUUUUUGUGAGCUGCUUUGCUUUUCAUAGUUGAAAAAACGUAAUCAUGUUUGAGACAAGUCAAGAUAACCUGCUGCUGUUCCCCUCGGAAGGCCAGACUAAUCUAGUCUUCCCUGAAGAGGGAUUAGGCAAUGGGACCAUAUCUCUUGCUGAAGCUUUGCUUCCCUUAGUUGAGUUUCCGUCUCCUAUGACCCCCUGGCUUUGCUCCACCCGCUACAAGACUGAACUGUGCAGCCGCUAUGCUGAAACGGGUACCUGCAAGUAUGCCGAACGCUGCCAGUUUGCUCACGGCCUUCAUGAUCUUCAUGUACCUUCUCGCCACCCCAAGUAUAAAACCGAGCUGUGUCGUACCUACCACACUGCUGGAUACUGCGUUUAUGGCACACGCUGUCUAUUUGUGCACAACCUUAAAGAGCAGAGGCCUGUCCGUCCUCGAUGCAGAAACGUACCAUGUCGUACAUUUCGUGCGUUUGGUGUUUGUCCCUUUGGCACCAGGUGCCACUUUCUGCAUGUUGAGGGUGGCUCAGAAUCUGACAGCGUGGAGGAUGAGAGAACCUGGCAACCCCCAUCAAAUGCCCAAGAGUGGAAACCACGUGGUGCCCUCUGUCGUACAUUUAGUGCUUUUGGAUUCUGUCUCUAUGGCACCCGUUGCCGGUUCCAGCAUGGGCUCCCCAAUUCAAUCAAGGGUCUCGCCUCUAACAACACACCCUGGCCUCACCAAAUGCUAAAUGGAGGAUCUCUUUCGCCUGCCUCAGACACAUGUUCCUCACCAUCUCCACCUUCUUCAUCGCCUCCAUCUGCACUGGCCUCACCCGUGUACCCUGAUGGCUCAGGUCCGAUCACCCCUCCUUCAGCAGAUGCAGUGGCCAACAAUGCCUUUACAUUCAGCAGUCAGCAUUUAAAUGACCUGCUGCUGCCACUGGCCUUUAGGCUCCAGCAGUUGGAGAAAGCUGGCAAAGUUGGCACACAGGAGGAGCCGCUGUUGUCAUAAGACCUCUGGCAUGGCAAAGGUCCCUGAAAUUCUAACCACCUGCCAUGAACGUUUACUACCAAGCCUUAAUGGCUAUAAGCUUUAACGCUGACUGUACUGUGCGGAACCCAUCCUUAACCUUUGUUUUUACUACUAAAUGUGUAUAUGGUGUCUGCAGCCUUUUUGCUUUUAACUGCCUCUUAAGAGUAAGUCUCAAGGUUUGAUUUAAGUCUGUCCUGUACUUCUGAAUUGGGCCACUUAUAUUUGACAGACUGAACGAGAACCUUAUGUAAAUUUGAGACUAUUUUAGUGUUGUGUAUUUAUGGCUUGCGAUAUGAAUGUCUAACAUAUGGAUUUUUAAAACUUAAUGAGUGUAAAUUAUUUUAUGGAGUGUCCGCAUCCUUACAACUUAAUAAA